AUGCUCACCUACGACCCCGAAUUUGCUGCCGCGGCUGGCCCGUUGCUGCACCAGCACGUUCAACAGGACCAAUCCCCUAAUCUGGCGGCGACUCAGGCCAAGAUGCAUGCCAUGUGCGACAUGGUGCCAUCCCAGCCCUGUCCGGACGAGGUCGAGCAGCUCGUGCAUCAGGCGCCGGCAGUCGACAGCCAUCAGAUCACCGUCUACCACUACCGUCUGAAACGCAACGAAGGAUCGCCCUCCAAAACGCCCGCCGUCGUGCACAUGCAUGGCGGAGGAUACGUGGCUCUGACGGCCCAGCAGACGGCCACCGCGCAGUUCACCCUCACUGCCCACACCGGCGUGCCAGUUCUCUCCAUCGAGUACCGUCGGGCCCCCGAGCAUCCAUAUCCCACCCCUCUGGAUGACUGCUGGGCCGCCCUGCUGUGGAUCGUCACGCAUGCCGACAUGUUGGCCAUCGACGUGCAUCGAAUCGCCGUCAUGGGCGAGAGUGCCGGCGGUGGGCUGGCGGCGGCCCUGGCGUUGCUGGCGCGCGAUCGCGGUCUCUCCCCACCGCUGGCCAAGCAGAUCCUCGUGUAUCCGUGCCUGGAUGAUCGCACACGCACAAAUCCCGUCGGGGAGUUUGCGUUCUGGACGGAGCACGACAAUGUCAAUGCCUGGACGGCGUACCUGGGAAAUCGCGCAGGCACGGAGGACGUGCCAGCAUAUGCAGCACCGGCGCGCGUGCAGAGUGUCGAGGGACUGCCUCCGUUAUAUCUCGAUUGUCCGCAGCUGGACCUGUUUCUCAGUGAGAGCUGCGAGUACGUGCGACGCUUCCUGGAGGCCAACAUCUCCGUCGAAUUCCACAUAUAUCCGGGACUGCCGCAUGGAUUCGAGGCAUUUGCUCCGACCAGUGGGCCAGUUCAGCGUGCCUGCAUGAAUCGGUUCCGGGCUGUAGCCAGUUUAUAUGACGAGAUACAAUGA